AUGUGCAGCAAUAUUAGAACAACCAUCAAUAGGAGCAGCAACAGCAGCAGCAGCAGCAACAGCACCAACAAUAGCAACAACAACAGAAGCAGCAGCAGCAGCAACAACAGCAGCAUCAGCAGCAGUAGCAGCACAAACAGCAACAACAACAAGAAAAACAACAGCAGCAGCAGCAACAACAACAACAGCAGCAACAACAGCAACACCAACAGCAGCAGCAGCAGCAACAGCAGCAACAGCAGCAGCAGCAGCAGCAGCAUACUUGGUCUGCCGGGUGUACAUAGCGAAGGUAAAGGAAGCCCGUGCACCGAACAUAAGGAGACUCGCGGUGGUUCAGCAACGUAUGCAUCUGCAGCAGCAGCAGCAGCAGCAGCAGCAGCAGGGAUAGCAGCAGCAGCAGCAGAAGCAGCAGUAGAAGCAGCAGCAGCAGAAGCAGCAGCAGCAGAAGCAGCAGCAGCAGAAGCAGCAGCAGCAGCAGCAAAUAAAAUAACAGUGUAA